GUAGCUGUCAGCUGUCAAAAUAGCACAGGUUUUAUGAAAUAACACGUAUUUAUUCAUUUUAUGAAAUAAAAUUAUUGAUAACUAUACAAUAUCUUAUUUGUUCAAAAGUUUUAAUGUGUAUCUCUUACAAUGGGUGGUAAAAAUAAACAAAGUCAAAGGACCAAAAACAAUGUUCGACCAUCAAGCAGCGGGCGCAGUGCUGAGCUUCUUAGCAGUGCUGGCAAGUUUGACUCAACGAUGACCACCGUCGGUGGCAAACUGAUGCCUGCGCUGUUCCCAACGUUAGCCGCUGUUACACUAGACGCUGGACUAGACCCAGAAUUGGCAAUGUGUAUCAAAAAACUCAAUAAGAAAGAUCCUAUUACUAAAACUAAGGCUCUACAAGAACUGACAGAGUUAGUCAAUAAGAGUAGUGUGGAAGAUGUGGUAGCAACGCUGCCGAGCUGGAGCCACUUCUAUAAGACUCUGUCAGUGGAUGGGGACUGCAAAGUGAGGGAGUGCACUCAGGUGUGCCACGGAGCGAUAGUGCGGGUGUGCGGACGGCGGACGGCGCCGCACCUGAAGCAGCUGCUGCCGCCGUGGCUGCAGGCGCAGUACGACGACCACGCGCCCGCGCAGACUCAGGCUCAACUCUCACUUAAGAACACAUUCCCAGAUGCAAAAUUACCAGAAGUAAUAGCAUUCUGCAAGACAGAGAUCUUUGAAUUCCUUGAAGAUAAUUUGAUCGGGAAAUCAGCAAUUGCGGCCGCUGCAGCAGAGGGUGAAGGCGGGCGACGCACAGCGGCCGCUCUGCACGGGCUGGCGUGGAGCUGUCGGCACGCACCGCGCGCGCUCAGCGGCUGGAUGUGCGGCCGGCUGCUGGCGCUGCUGCGCGGCGACGGGUUCUGGAGGCUGCACUCGCACACCCACUGUGCCGUGAGAUGCGCGUGGUUCGGCGCCUUGAGCAGCAUCAUGGAGCGGUUCCCCGAGGCGCUGGCGGGCGCGCGCGCGCUGCACGUGCUGCUGCACGCGCACGAGCGCGACGCGCGCGCGCGCGCGCAGCUCUGGGGCUGCCUGCUGCUGCUCCUGCACUCGGUGCCGGAUUGGCAGAAGUGGCUGGAGAAAAAAGAUCUCCUGGCGAAAAGAAUUCUCAAUCUUUUAGAAACUGGUGGGUGGGGCGACGCGCGACAGCUGUCGAAAACUCUGCUGCCGUUACUGGCCAGCCUGCCGCCCGACAUGCUCACAGACCAAUUCUUUGAGGAUUUCUUCGAGGCCAUUUUCAAGGGCCUGGACAAGAAGAGUCAAAUAAACUCAAAGCUGGAGCGGCAGGCGUGGAUGACGGGUCUGUCGGAGUGCAUCCGCUACGUGUCGACGCAACCGCGCGCCCGCGCCGCCGGCCUCGCCGCGGCCGCGCUGCGUCGCUGGCUGCUGGCCGCGCUGCAUCCGCCGCACGACGCGCUGCUGAAGCACUCCGCGGCCACCAUGGCUGAGCUGUUGAAGUUUUGGAUGCGGAAAGCGAGGUCAGAAGACGGCGACCGCUACGCCACCCUGGUGCGCAACUUCUGGCAGAACAUCGGCGCGAGCGUGUCCGCGCAGAGCGACGCCGCGCAGAGCGACGCUGCGCGGCACGCGCUCCUGCUGACCGCGCUGCGCGCCGCCGCCGCGUCGCCGCCCGCCCGCCGCGAGAUCAGAUUCGACGGCGACGCCUCCCCUGAAAUGGAACCCGCUUCCCCCGUCACCCCGACAGAACCCGCUUCCCCCGUCACCCCGACAGAACCGGCGGACAUGGAACUAUUCUACCACAACUUGGCCACAGCGACCGAGCAAGUUUGCGCAAGAUACAUCGAAAUAGCUCGCGACACCAACGCGCCUAACACGAUCCUUCCCAAUUUAUAUCCUUUAUUAUAUUCUUUAUCAAAAUCAUCUAUAGUGGCGAUAGCGCUUCAUUUAGGAGCGAAUACGGUGUAUGGAUUAUUCGAGAAGGUUCUAUUGCCAUGGUUGAGUGACGCCGACACGAGGGGCGAAGCUGUGAUGGACGUCGUGUUCCUGCUGUUGACGCACAUGACUGAAGAGGAAGAAGACGCGACAUUCACUACUUUUACGCAGGAUGAAGUAUGCAAAUGGGCGCUAGUGCGGUCUCUGUCGCACAGACACGUGGAGCGCGCGGGCGCGCGCGCGUGGCUGCGAGGCGCGAGUGCGGCGCGCGCGCUCGCGGCCGCCGCGCGCGCGCUCUCUGCGAGCGACGCCAACUUGCUGCUCCUUGCGCUUACGCCGGAUCAUAAUGAUGAAUUGUUGGUGAACGAAGCGACUGUGUCAUCUGUGGUGGACAUACUAAUGAUGUCUCUGUCUGAGGAGAAGUCGGAGCGACUCAUAUCGACACUAUCACACUUAGCCACGACGCUGGCGCACAAGCCGCCAGACAAUUACACCACGUUACUUAUCACCUUGUUUAAAAUUAAUUUGACGAUACAACGCGGGUCCCCGGCGCUGUCGCUGGAGUCGUGGCUGGAGGCGCGCGGUGCGUGGCUGGCGGGGCUGGCGGGGCUGGCGGGGCUGCCGGCGCGCGGGGCGGGGCUGGCGGGGCUGUCGGGGCUGCAGGCGCGCGCGGCGCUCGUCGCCGACGCUGCGCGCGCGCUCCUUACUGAGGCCUUCUGCUGCACACUGUCAGAAGACUUGAAAAUAUCAACAAUCGACCACGCUACAUCGCUUUGCCCCUAUCUCCUCACCGAAUGCGAACAACAAGUCCCAUCAAAUACUGAAGAAAUAGUGCAACUAAUCGACCAACUGUUCGAACAAUCUUCAAAACUUGUCGAGAAAUCGUCAAGUUUGGACGUGUUUGCUUUGAGAUAUGAUUGUAUCGUGUCCAAGUUAAGUUGUCCGUUUGGAGAUGAUAAUGAAGCGAUCAGGCAAAUUGUGAAGGAUUGCGAUGAAUAUGAUGUUGACGAGUUGAAGAGAGGUGACUUGGUAAAUCGUCUAACAGACAUAAUGUUCCGAGCGCUAUCCCUUCGAACAUUGCUCCUCCACCGGCCGGACAUUGACGAACCGAGCGAGGACAUUGAGCAGACGUGGUGCAACGUUCUGUUGAAGGAUGAACACAUACAGGCGGAGUUUUGUCGCGUCUUGCGGGAAUAUCUCAUUGUACAUUCUCUACAUGAGGGAUAUGCAUUUUGGCCUCACUACGAAAUAAUUGAGCGUGCGAAAUAUAAACUUGACGUAGCAUUCCAAGACAUAAUAUCAGAAACUCCCACAACUUUACGUCGACAAAUACUACUUUCCUUAUCCGAGCGCGCCGCAAAAGAGGGUUACUAUUGGGCUUACGCGAGAAGUUAUUAUGAAGCGAAGUCGAUGGAUCAGUCGGACAACCAAUCGGUUGAUGUGUUGGAUUCUGCUAAUGUAGAUUUGGAUAAUUUGGCGGAAAUUGUGACUGGCAAUGGGCUGUAUCAUAGUCUCCAGGCGAAUCUCCACUGGCUGCCCCCUUCAACCCCCUCAACUCCCUCUUCCGAAGAAUCCCCCCCUCCCGCGUCCGCCGCACUCCGCACGGCGCACCUAGUAAUGUUACGAGCAGCGUUCGCGUCGCUAGAAGCCGAACAAGCGCCGAAAGAAAUUCGCGAACAGUUCGCGAACGACGCGAUGUUGGCUGCGCAAGGGGACGCCGAACCUGAUGUCAUGGUGGACCUGUAUUAUAAGUUCGAGAAGGUCAUUAUUGGAGAUAGAGAGCCUAGGGCGGUGUCGUGGGCGGGCGCGGUGUGCAGCGCGGCGUGGGCGGAGUACUGCGCGCGGCUGCUGGCGGAGCGCGGCUGGCGGCUGUCGGCGCCGCACUGGGACUUCGCCACCAUCACCCUCUGCUCACUGGUGACCGCGGUCACCAAACUGCAUACCACUAAGACAGCACUCCUCUGCGUGUCGUCCCUGCGGCUGCUGCGCAGCGUCAGGGAGUUCAUGACCGCGUUACCGAAGGAGUGCGAGCGCCGGCAGCCGUCGCCGCACGUGGCCGCGCUCAUCGACGAGUGGAGAGACAUCUUCUCGCCAGAUAUACACACCAACUUGUUCAACGUCAUACUUCAAAUCUUGGAUUCUCCUCCGGAGGGCCCAAUAUCGUGCCACGUGUCCCGAGCGCUGUCGGCGCUGACGACGGCCGCGUACAGCCUGCAGUGGGCCGCGCUGCGCUCGACCGCGCUGCAGCUGCCGCGCGUGGUGCGCUGCGCCGCGGCCGCGCUCACCCGCGCCUGCCAUCGAGGGUACAAGUACCUCGCGCAUGGACUCUUGAGCGCUUUGGCCACCGAAUUGGUGCUUGAGGAUGCACAGAAGCUGUCGACGUGGAGCGAGAACAACUCGGAGGAGUCCCCGCAGCCGCCGCCCGCGCUCAGCCUCUCGUACUUCCACGAGCACUACCUCAACUUGCUGGAGUUGCUGGACCUGGCGCUGCCCGACAUUCAAGUGGGCGAGGCGACGUGCGAGAUGUGCUGCGGCGCGGACAGCCGCAGCGUGGCGCUGGGCGCGCUGCUGGCGGCCGACGCCGUGCACGCCGUGUGCGCGCGCGCGCGCGGCGACCUCACGCACCAUUACAUACAGCUGUUCAGGCAGGAAAAAUAUACAGACUUACUGCUGACAUGCGCAGUGCGGUUGUUACCACAAGAAGUGUUUGCGUUCGCCGUAAACAAUGACGAAAAUCAGUUGGCCGACCAGUAUGUCAAUUUAUUUGUCAACAGUCCACAGUUAACUCUCGAUGCCAGCAGUAUGGGAUUUAAUAAUUCAAAGGCGGAGGCGGGGUGUUGCGGCGGGCUGGGCGACGUGAGCGCGCUGUCGUGUCGCGCGCUCUACCACGCGCUGGCCGGGCCCGGGCAGGCGCUGGCGCGCGCCGCCUGGGCCGCCUGGACUCCCAGGGCGGCGCGGAUGCUGGGCAAGCUGACGGCGGCGGCCAUCGCGCCGCAGCUGCUGAAGCAGCAGUUCCAGCGCGCGAGCCGGCGCGCGCGGUCGCUGGUGGACACGGAGCUGACGCUGCUGGCGGCGGCCGGCGAGGCGCAGGCCGUGCACACCGUCGAGGAUCAGCCGCUGCGGCUGACGAUAACGUUCUCGCGCGAGCACCCGCUGACGCCGCCGCGCGUGCAGACGCCGCUAGCGGGCCCCGCGGCCGGCGCGCAGUGGCUGGCCGUGUAUCUCGGCUAUCAGAACGGAGACCUGCUCAGCGCCAUCUCGCUCUGGGUCACGUCCGUCGGCGCCAAGAUGGACAAAGCGCCGCAGUGCUACAUCUGCUACUGCCGCCUACACCCGGGAGAGGGCGUGCUGCCCAAAGUCUUCUGUAACCAGUGCAAGAAUAAGUUUCACAACGCUUGCUUGCGCAAAUGGUUCACAACGAGCAAGAAGUCCAACUGCCCGGUGUGUCGCGCCAUGUUCUAGUGACGACUCGCGUCACGUGACUCGCGCGUGACGAACUAGCCAUCUACAUUGUACGUACACUGUACAGUCCGUCUAUAAAGAUUACAAAAUAAAAAGGGCCCUGUGUCUUCUUUUCUUGGCUUGCAGCACUGAUUGUCUAUCGCCCAACGUUGAACAUUCUAUUUGGUAUUACAAUGGUCAAAAUAUAUGUAGUCAACAGCACAUCAAGUUACCCUCCAUGAACCUCUGUCCGGCAAGUUUGCAAUGAAUUUGGGUAGGUUGAUGUGCUGUUAGCCUGUACUUUGUUAAAAACAAAUUUUCUGCUCUUUUUAGAUAGACUAUACCGAUUUCUACAGAGGAAUCCUGUAUGGAGUGAACUAAAGUACUAUGUGAUGUUAAUGCUUACAGGCGUUACAACUUAGAUUCAGGCUCUUAUUCAUAAAUAAUAAUAUUUGCUGAAUCUAACGCCUAGUUCCUUACACUUACACUACUUGUUUCCAAAACCUCCUGCCCGAUCUUAUAUCAAACUAUAACUCAUAAAACUUGGCAAAAUACGUAAAUUCGUCGAUGUAGCGAGCAUUUCUUUCUUUCAAUAACAAACAUUGAAAUGCUUUUUGAUGUGUAGUAAAUUAUAAGGAAGUAAAAUUAUUAGCUCCAUCCAAAAAUUUUGUAGAUGCAUGAGAUUAUUUGACUUAUAACGCCAAUAAUUAAAAAAAAGAGACUUAACGCAGUACAAAUGAUGCAAAUCGUUGCCUUUCUCUUCAUAUUGUAUAAGAAAUGCUGUGUAAAUAAGAACUUUUCUCGAAAAAAAAAAAACAA